CCCCCUCCCUCCCUCCUACACCCACAAUGAUUAUCCGGAUAGCAGUCUAAUCGGCUCCUUCUAAAGCAAGCAUAUCAUCAUCAUCAUCAAGACCCCCGACAUUGCCACCAACACCCCCGCAGCGCGACGCGACCCAAGCCAACCUGGUGCACGUUCUUAUCACUGCCACCAACAACGCUCCAAGCUCCACAACACUAUAACGCAGUCAAAGCGCCCAGCACACUGAUCAACCCCCCUACUUGCCAUCGCACACUCUCCCAGUAACACACACACAUCACAUACACCCCCCAUCGCCAUAGUCAUCGCCGAAGCGCCGACGCCGUCAACCCACGUAAUCCAGCGUCACACAGCAUUCAUCGCCCCGCCCCGCCCCGCCCCCUACCCACACCCACCACGAUGAAGUACCUCGACUAUCCCAUUCUCACGCAGCUCUCGGGCGUGCUCUCGGCCAACCCGUCGCCCGAAGCCCGCAUCAACGUGCGUGUCGAGGCCUACUCUAUCAAGCAAGUCGCAAAGGAGCGCAAAAUGUUCAAGGAGAUGGAGGAAGCCUAUGUCAGCGGCCAGGAAGAGAUGGAAGAGAUGUCCUUUUCGCCUGAGAUGAAGGAGGCCGGCCUCUCAUCAUGCUUUGGCCGUCUCGACGUCAAGGAAUCUCGCAAGGUCCACUUCCUCCUAGUGUCAACCCUCAACACUGCGUUCCCCGAGUAUGACUUCUCGGCGCUCAGACCCGACCACUUUAUGCGCGAGAUUUCUGCUGCUCAAGCCCUCUCGCACCUCUCGUCCAACCUUCUCGCCAUUCAAGGUGUCGACUUGUCACCGUUAUCUGGCGUUCAGCCCGGAUCACUGCCAAACAAUGCGGCGGGAUCGUCGCCCACAGUUGCGGCUCAGGGCCUCUCAUCGCCCCACACUGGAUCACCGCCGACGUCCCCCGAUGUCGGCAACCCAAGCCUGUACCGCAUUCUCAACGAAGUGGUUCCAUUAUCCGAGUGCGAGGCCUACUCGUGGGUCCCCGAGCCUGAGUAUGACCCGCAUGUCGACCCCGAGGAGAACGAGGAGGCGACCGAAUACGAGGAGUCUGACAAUGAGGACAACUCGAUGGACCAGGACGACGUCGGCAUGGACAUUGACAUUGAUGGCGGCGGUGCGUACGUCAGCUGGGGCCAAGCAGGAAUGGAGAUUGAGCUCGAUGAUCCUCCCACCGCGCCCCUGAGCCGUCGCAGGCGCUCGCUUGGAAGCGUGGAUGAGCUCGACGACAUGAGCAUGCCGAGCCCACGGUCCUCGCUCAAGGGCAUUGAUGAGUGGACCCCGAAGAAGGUUGGCGGACUGCUGUGGUCUGCAAACUACUUCUUCUACAGCAAACGCCAGAAGCGUGUGUUGUUCAUCACGACAUGGUGCCGCAAGCGGCCUUCGCACGAGCGUGAGCCUACCGACUUCCACGAGUCGGGUAGCAUGCCGCUGCCCAUCUCGUCGUCAUGGACGCCCCCUGUGUCCAGCCUGCAGGGCUUCUCGCCUCUCGCUAGCAAGUCUUCUCGCCCACCGCGGGUGAAUCACCACAACCUGAGCAACGCACGGCCCAACCACAGGAGAUCCAAGCUAGCCAAGCUCAGUACAGGCAAGAGCCUCACGUCGGCCACAAUCCCGAUAAGAGGGUUACCCACACCCGUGUCGCCUGCCACGCCGUCGCGCCUUGCCGCGUCGGCCCCAAGCACCAUUACUACACCCAUCAUCUCCCCGCCAUCCAUGUCGAGGUUUGGUGGGCCGGGGAUCAAACCCCGCCAAACGGCCGCGCGUAUGCUCGUCAAUGCUGCUGCCACGACGCGGCCGUCACCCAUCUUGCCGGUUACCACCACCAACAGUGGCAUUGGUGCCAGCAGGCCCAAGGCGAGCGAGCCCGACAGCCGCGUGCGCAAGGAGCGCAGCGGCAGCCUCACACCUGGCCCUGGCUCUGCCCUCGGCGGCAUUGUCGAGUCUAUCGUCGGCUCUAGCGUCGUCACUGACGCUGCCAAGGGCAAGCGUGUCAAGGUGUAGCCCAGUUUUAUUGUUCCGAAGUGGUGUGUGUCCGCGUACGUGAGAUGUGUCUGCAAUGUGUCCAUCGUGUAAGAUAUGUAGAGAGUUGCUAUGACACACGUGAAUAUGCGGGGAGGGGGGAGCAAGUCUCGUUUUCUCGCCGAUGGCACCUAGUUGCAGAUGUUGGGCGGGAUGGGGGUAUGCGGGCGAGUGCCAUUGCCGCCCUGCUGGCCGCUGAGCAAGCCCUGCCUCUCCUCCUCGGUGCCCGACUCGCGCUUGCCAAAGCACAAGAGGCGGCGGAACCCGCGCUCGAUCGCCUCGACGGCGCGGUCCUUGGCUCUGUAGAGGGCGGGCUUGCGCGAGUCGAGUCUGUCCGAGCGGACACGCUGCUUACCGUCGACGAGAGUCGUGAGGGCGA